CUCUUCACUACCGGAACGGGAAGGUUGAAGAACAUGGCAGCGGCGAAUGUUCAGUCCGUCUCCUUUUCUGCCUCUCCCCACAAGCUUUUCAUCGGAAGGAAUUCCGUGAAAGUUGUGGGUACGCUCUCUUUCUCAUCCAGAACCAACGUUUCGACGUCUCUCAUGGCCGGCUUUCUCUCACUUCACGUUAGACAGAAGCGUCCCAAGAAUCCACUGAAAGUGAGAUCAGUGGCUGCUCCUGCAGAAGAGGUUGCUGGGUUUGAUGACAUGGUCUCUGGAACUAAACGGAAGUAUUACAUGCUAGGCGGCAAGGGAGGUGUGGGAAAGACCAGUUGUGCUGCUUCACUUGCUGUUAAAUUUGCUAAUAGUGGGCAUCCAACUCUGGUGGUUUCAACUGAUCCAGCACAUUCCCUGAGUGAUUCUUUUGCUCAGGAUUUGACUGGAGGACUGCUAAUACCAGUUGAAGGACCUGAAUCUCCAUUAUAUGCUCUGGAGAUAAACCCAGAGAAAGCUAGGGAAGAAUUUCGCAACACAACUAAAAGUGAUGGUGGAUCUGGGCUCAAAGAUUUCAUGGAUGGCAUGGGCCUUGGUAUGCUUGCUGAACAGUUAGGAGAACUAAAGUUGGGAGAACUAUUGGACACACCUCCUCCUGGCUUGGAUGAAGCCAUUGCAAUUUCGAAGGUGAUGCAAUUUCUCGAAUCACCAGAAUAUAGUAUGUUUACAAGAAUAGUUUUUGAUACAGCACCCACGGGACAUACAUUAAGACUUUUGUCAUUGCCAGACUUCUUGGAUGCAUCUAUAGGCAAGAUAUUGAAGCUUAGGCAGAAAAUAGUGUCAGCUACCUCUGCCAUCAAAUCUGUUUUUGGGCAAGAAGAAACCCAGCAGAAUGCUUCUGACAAAUUGGAGCGACUAAGGGAGAGGAUGGUAAAAGUGAGAGAGCUUUUCCGCAACACAGAUUCAACAGAAUUUGUCAUUGUGACGAUUCCCACAGUGAUGGCAAUCAGUGAGUCAUCAAGGUUGUGUGCUUCCUUGAAGAAGGAAAAUGUUCCUGUCAAGAGGCUUAUUGUUAAUCAGAUUCUCCCUCCAUCUCCCUCAGACUGCAAAUUUUGUGCAAUGAAAAGGAAGGAUCAGAUGCGUGCACUUGAUAUGAUUUGUGGUGAUCCAGAACUUUCUAGCUUGACGUUAAUCCAAGCACCCUUAGUUUAUGUAGACUACUGGUUCAGGAUUUAUAAGAGAACCUUGGAUACUGUUCUGGAGCAGCAUCAGCCUCCACCCACAACAAUCUGUGGUUGGAGAAGCCAGAAAAGCUAUAUAAUGGCCUAGCAGAAGAAUGGUGGUGAACCUGCUCCUGCUAUCUAUUGUGAGCCAACAGUGUGAUACUUUCCUUUUACCUUUCUUUUUUAAACUUUUUUUCUUCUAUCCCCACAUCAUUAGGGAUUUACAUUUUGUGAGGUCUGCAUAUGUAUAGCUUUAGAAACAACAUGUACAAUACAAUCUUUUAUUAUUAACAAGUCAGUGAUUUUGUCUUUGACAUUUUGAACCAUAUUACUGCAAAAGCUUCGUGGAACUGAUUUUGUUUGCAUGAUGUAAGAUCAUGAUCCGACGAGAUUAGACCAGUCGAUGAAAAAGCCGUGUGCUCAUCCAUAAUAUUAACAAACACAUGUUGAGAUUUGAGAUAACUUGGUCAAAUUGUUACCACUGAAAUUUAUGCCUCAAACUCUUCCCUACAUGACUUGUUCAAAGAUGGUGACUGAUACCAUAAGAACAAGAACACCUGAGAAGCAACUGCUACUCUAUAAAAUGCCCAUCUCAUUCCCACAAUAACACAGGCAAAUCUCAAUAAGAAGAUAACAGACAGUAUGAAAGAAAGAAGAAGAAGAUGGCGUAAGAGCGUCAGGGAGAGGAUGCAGAACCUCCCGUUGAAAGGGAAAUCCUUAAAGUUGAUGCUGUGCUUUUGCUGGUAGCUAUGAUUGUGAGAUGCAGGAGUUCUCGUGUGCUGGGUUUGUGUUUGGAUUAAUACUGAUGACAUUGUUACCACCAGGGUCUCUCUCAUUGGUUAAGCAUCUGCAAAUUUCAUAAAAGUCUUUUCUUGCUAAAGAUGAUCAGAUAUGAAUAAGGAGAGAUUUCUCUUCAUGAUUGUGAUAUUUCAGUGUCUGUGCAAUUGUUUAUCUGCUGUUGACUUAUGUACAUUGUUCUUAAAAAUAAGGUAAUCUAUGUUCUUUUCCCUCAGUUGAAACAAAGUCUUCACUUUCCC